AUGUCGAACCCAUUGGAUGCAAAUAGCGACCCAAAUGUUGGGUCGUCUCGUGGCGACGCGUCGUCCACCACAGGCGAUGCUGUCAGUAGCCUAACUGGCGGUGGUGGCUCCUCUGGCUCAGCGCUGGUGAUGACUUUGUUACCAGCUCUGGUAUACGCUAUUUUCUGGGUUAGUCUCUUUCUGAUAUUUCGACGCACGCAGCGCCGAUGGUACGCUCCAAGGUCGCAUCUGCCUGAUUUGCAUGAACAUGAAAGGAGUCCAGAAUUGCCCUCUGGCUGGGUGAACUGGGUUGGGACGUUCUUAAAAAUUGAGGACAACCAUGUUCUGCACCACUCCUCUCUUGAUGGGUAUCUCUUUCUGCGGUUCCUGCGAGUAUUGGCGGCGACAUGUCUGACCGGCUGCCUGAUAACAUGGCCCAUUCUACUGCCCAUUCAUGCUACCGGCGGUGGUGGUAACAACCAGCUUGAUAUUCUAAGCUUCAGCAACAUCAAGGAUUCCAGUAGAUACUAUGCAAAUGUGAUUGUGGGUUGCGUGUACUUCACAUUUGUGUUUUACGUCGUCACCAGAGAGAGUUUGUAUUAUGCAAAUUUGCGCCAGGCCUACCUCAACUCGCCGGCAUAUGCAUCUCGAAUUUCAUCUCGAACUCUCCUCUUCAUGUCUGUACCCGAAGCGUACAAGAAUGAGAAGAAGUUGCGCCAAAUUUUUGGAGGAUCUAUCCGCAAUGUUUGGAUCACCUCGGACUGCUCCAAGCUCAAAUCGCUAGUUGGGGAUCGAGAUAGUCUAGCUGAAAAGUUGGAAACCGCCGAGACCAAGCUUAUCCGACGAGCAAACAAGGCUCGCAUAAGUGCGAUCAAAAAGGGCGAUCUGGAAGUCGACACAUGCCUGGACUGCGAGUCAAGCAAUCCUGCCUGGUCUCACAAGGUCCAGCGACCCAUACAUCGUCUUAAAUUCUUUGGCAAGAAAGUUGACUCUAUUCACUGGUAUCGGACCGAGCUUGCAAAGAAGAUCGAGGAAGUGUCUAUUCUCCAAGCAAAGCACCAGGCUGGUGAUGUGAAGCAGCUUUCUGCAAUUUUUGUGGAAUUUGGCAGCCAAGCCGAUGCGCAAAUUGCCUUGCAGACUCUUUCUCACCACCAACCGUUCCAUAUGACACCGCGUUUCGUUGGUGUGUCACCUCGGGAAGUUGUAUGGUCGGCACUGAAUUUGAGCUGGUGGCAACGAAUUAUCCGCAGAUUUGCAGUCCAAGGAUUCCUUGCGGUAUUGGUCGUCUUCUGGUCGUUUCCCUCGGCCAUCGUUGGUGCAAUCUCAAACAUCAGCUAUAUUUGCACUCUGAUCCCUUUUCUCAAAUUUAUCCUGAAAUUGCCCAGCUUUAUCACUGGCGCAAUUGAGGGUCUCCUGCCGUCUGCAGCAUUAGCCGCUUUGAUGGCAUUGGUUCCAAUAAUUUGUCGUGUAUGUGCCAGGAAGGCAGGAGUCCCAUCAACGGCCCGGGUUGAACUAUUCACGCAAAGUGCCCAUUUCGUCUUUCAGGUAGUUCAAGUUUUCUUAGUUACCACAUUGACAUCGGCCGCAUCAGCUGCUACGGCGCAAAUUGUCAAGGAUCCUCUGUCAGUCAAAGACCUUCUGGCACAGAAUCUACCGAAGGCUACCAACUUCUACAUCUCCUACUUCAUGCUGCAGGGUUUGAGCAUGAGUUCGAUGGCUCUUGUUCAGAUUGCCAGCGCCUUGGUUUUCAAGUUUGUCACGACAUUCUUUGCUUAUUCCCCGCGUCGUCUAUUUCAACGGUGGGCAGAGCUAGGAAGUCUCAGUUGGGGCAAUGUGUUUCCCGUUUUCACCAACAUGGCUGUGAUUGCAUUGACGUACUCGUGCAUCGCACCUUUGAUUUUGGGCUUUGCAUUCGUCGGUCUAUAUCUUGUGUACCAGGCUUAUCGUUACAACUUCCUCUUCGUAUACGACAUUGAGAUCGACACCAAGGGUCUAGUCUACCCACGAGCUCUACAGCAUCUAUUGACAGGUCUUUAUCUGGCUGAAAUCUGCCUAAUUGGUCUCUGUGCCAUCAAGGGUGCGAUCGGUCCAGUGAUCAUCAUGGUCAUUUUCCUCAUUGUCAACAUCCUAGCACACAUGUCCCUGAACGAAGCACUAGCCCCAUUGAACACAUUCCUCCCACGAUCACUCGAUGCCGAAGAAGAAAUGCUCCAAGAGAAAGAAGACGUCCUGGCAGAAAUUAACGAACAACGCAGAAACUCCCGCGCAUUAGCCUUCUGGAAAUGGUUCCAUCCAAACGUCUAUAGAGACUACGCAGCAUUGCGCCGAAAGGUCCGCCGCAACGUGGCUGAGGUCUCAUACACGCCGGAGGAAAUGCGAACGGCGUACUUUGAACCGUGCAUUGCAUCUCCACCACCAACUUUAUGGAUCCCACGCGAUAAAUGGGGCUUCAGUCGUCAUGAGAUCAUGGAAACCGAGUCUAUCAUCAGGAUCACGGAUGAAGGUGCCCACUUAGAUGAGAAAAAUAAGAUCGUGUGGGACAAAUACGAUCCCCAUCUUCCACUACGAGAGCGGAAGAUUCUGUAUUGA